CUAGGAAAUGCAUAACAUAUUUGAUAAGAAUCUCAUCAGCAAUGGCGGUCAAGUUCUUUGUUGCGACUCUCAUCGGUGUCCUCCUUGUGGAGACUGGAUUCGUGAGAGCUGAUCCACUGAGCACUAAGGUGUUCACCGAGGUAGCAGAAACUCAAGAAUUUGGAGUUUGUGGUUGUGAAGCUAUUGUCUACAGUGGACCAGACUUCUAUGGCAGGUUCGAGCUACACAUCUUUCAACAGAACGCAUGGUUUGAAAAAAACUUUCUUCCCUUUACAGCUGAAUCGAUUAAAAUGCGUGGCAAAUGCUUCUUCAUAUUCUACGAGGAAGCCAACUUUCUAGGUACUGCACAUAUCUUGAAGAUUGCAGGCGACUAUCCAUCUCUGACGAACUUUGGUAAUGUCGUAUCGGCUCGUGCUCUCCCUCCAGAAGGAACAAAUGCAAUCGUUUUCUUUGAGCAUAGCAACUACGGUGGACGAAUGGGUGUCCUCUACUCGUCCGAGGACUAUUUGUAUUACUACAGCUUUAUAUCUUCGGUGAUUGUGAUUGGAGGAUCCUGGACUGUGUACAAAGGCUGGUUCUAUUCUGAAUAUGCCGUACGUUUGUAUGAUCGCUACUAUCCAACUCUAUCUGCGAUAGGAAUGUCAAAAAUCGUAUCCGCUAAGAGCUGGUGAUAAAGUACUAAACAGAUAUGUACAUGUAGAUUAUGAACAUGCAUGCAGAAGUAGGUCAGCUUAGCUCAUGAAUUAUAUUUCUGUUGAGACAUUGUAUCAGAUUCUAUAUUUUAUGUGUUACAUGUAUUAAUACUGGCUUUAUAAUAAUAGCAAAAACUCUA